AUGGGGCCGUACUCAAUUGUUAUCAUCGGUGCCUCCUUUGGCGGUAUUCCCGCCGCCCACGGCCUCCUUAGGGACGUCCUCCCCGCAAUCCCCGCACUCCGCGAACAAUCCUAUAAUGUCACGCUGAUCUCGCCAUCGUCCUACUUCUACUGGAAAGUCGGCUCGCCGCGCACGAUCGUCAACCCUGCCGCGCUGCCGAUCGAGAAGGUCCUCCUACCCAUCGCCGACGGCUUUAAAGCGUACCCGAAGGAGCACUUCGAGUUCGUGCAAGCGUACGCCACGGCGAUCGACCACGCGACCAAGACCGUCGAACUCUCCACGGAUGACGGGAAAACUUCACGCAUCACGUACGACUCCCUAGUCAUCGCGUCUGGCACCACCUCCGCAUCUCCUCUCUGGACCCUCUCCAAGGGCUCUGACGCCCUCCUCGCAGCCCUGAAAGCCGUCCACGCGCGCCUGCCCCGAGCCUCCAGCGUCCUGGUUGCGGGCGGCGGCCCCGCGGGCGUGGAGACCGCCGGCGAGCUCGGCCAGACCUACGGCGGCGGAAAGAAAGAGGUCACGCUCCUCUCCGGCUCGAGCCGUCUGCUGCCGCGGCUGAAGAACGCAGCCGUCGGCAAAGACGCCGAGGCGCGCCUGGCGAAGCAGGGCGUCAAGGUCGUGCACGGCGUCAAGGUAACUGGAGUCGAUGAAGCAGCCGACGGCGGGAAGACGACCGUGACGCUGGACAACGGGACUAAAAUGGUGGUUGACGUCUACAUCGACGCGACGGGCGAGCUGCCGAACAACAAGUUCAUCCCUGAAACGUGGUUGGAUGCGCGCGGCUACGUCAAGACCGACAGCCAGACGCUGCGGCUGGAUGUGCCGGGCGCAAAGCGCGUGUACUGCAUAGGGUCCGCGGGGAGCUACUCCAACGGCGGGCUGCUGGACGUCAAAUUUGCGGGGAAGGCGUUGCUGGAGAGCAUCGAGCUCGAUAUUAUCGAACAGCACCCGGCGAAGAGGAAGAACAUCUAUAAGAGGAUCACCGAGACUGAUAUGCAGUUCGUUCCCAUUGGAUCGACGCAGGGUGUCGGUGCUGUGUUUGGGUAUAAACUCCCGAGCUUCGUCAUCAGGCAGGUAAAAUCGAAGGAUUUCAUGAUUGGGAAUGCCCCGAAACUGGUGGCUGGGACGGGCUGA